UGCUCUAGUGAUGACAACGGGGGCGGGACGUACUGAGCAUGCGCUGUAGCCUAGCCGGAAAUGGUGGACACGCGAGGAGAGAGCGGAGACGGAGAACGUCCCAGAAAUGAACCGCUUAGACAUGUAGAAAAAGAUGUUUUGAUUCCAAAAAUGAUGAGAGAAAAGGCCAGGGAGCUGUGUUCUGAUAAAGUGCAAGCCUUUACCAAGUGUUGUCAGGACACAGGUUUUCUGAUGGUGUUUAAAUGCCGAGAGGAAAAUGCUGCACUGAAAGAAUGUCUUACUGGCUACUAUACUGAUCCAGCAUUUUAUAAAGAAUGUGAGUCUGAAUACUUGAAACAAAGAGAGGAAUACAGAACAACAGGAAUUCGUCCUUCACAAAAGCAACAGAGGCUUCCCACCAGCAUGUAGUCAAGUUGUACACAUUUGGCAGAAGCUUGUUGAUUUUUAAUUUGUAAUAUACAUUUUGGAGCCCAGCAGAUUCUACAAUGAAGGUUUUUAUCCUGAUUGUGCUAAAAUUGAAGGAGUUUGUAUGGCCUCAUAUUGUAAAUAAUAUACCUAAAUAAAGUAAUCCAGAGAUCAUGA